AUGAGGGCUUCAUUGUCCCUCAGCGUCGCCGCGGCGCUUGGCUUAGCCACUGUUGCUAAUGCCGUCCCCUUUUGCGCCAUUACCUGUUUCCAGUCUGUCAUCACAGAGUUCCCGCCUCUGGACUGCACAGAGGUGGACAUGUACCACUGUUUCUGCAAGUCCAACUUCUUGGCCAUUGCCUUCAAGGACUGCACAUACACUGCGUGCAGCUCGGCCGCUGACACCAGUGACGCCAUCAACUUUGGCCUCGAGCUUUGCGAAGAUCUGGGCCUCCCCUCGAUAUUCCCACUGGUCCCCCUGAGUCUUCCACCCCAACCCCCACAGAGUCUUGCUGCCGGCGCCGAGCAGGGUUGCGCGUCCGAUGACUACGCCUGCUUCUGCGCCAAGGAUGACCUCGUCACCGGUUACCGUGACUGCGCUUAUGCUGAGUGCCAGUCUCCUGAAGAGAUCACCCGCGUGAUCAACUAUGGACUUUCACUCUGCGAGGGUGUCAAUAUCCCCGUCACUGUUCCCACUUCGCCUCCCGCCAGCAACACCGUUUCCAGCACGGCUGCCCCUACCCGCACCAGGACCCCAUGGCCCUCGUGCGUUUUCACCUGCGUGGAUCAGGGACUUGCCGCUGGUGCCGAGCAGGGUUGCGCGUCUGACGACUACGCCUGCUUCUGCGCCAAGGACGAUCUCGUCACGGGCUAUCGCGACUGCGCGUAUGCCGAGUGCCAGUCUCCUGAAGAGAUCACCCGUGUGAUCAACUAUGGCCUCUCGCUCUGCGAGGGCGUCAACAUUCCCGUCACUGUUCCCACUUCACCUCCCGCUAGCAACACCGUUUCUAGCACUGCCGCCCCCACGAGGACCAGGACACCCUGGCCCGCAUGUGUCUUUACCUGUGUUGAUCAGGGACUCGCCGCCGGUGCUGAGCAGGGUUGCGCGUCUGACGACUACGCCUGCUUCUGCGCCAAGGACGAUCUCGUCACUGGCUAUCGCGACUGCGCGUAUGCCGAGUGCCAGUCUCCUGAAGAGAUCACCCGUGUGAUCAACUAUGGCCUCUCGCUCUGCGAGGGCGUCAACAUUCCCGUCACUGUUCCCACUUCGCCUCCCGCUAGCAACACCGUUUCUAGCACUGCCGCUCCCACUAGGACCAGGACACCCUGGCCCGCAUGUGUCUUUACCUGUGUUGAUCAGGGACUCGCCGCCGGUGCUGAGCAGGGCUGCUCGUCUGACGAUUAUGCCUGCUUCUGCGCCAAGGAUGACCUUGUGACCGGCUAUCGCGACUGCGCCUAUGCUGAGUGCCAGAGCCCCGAAGAGAUCACCCGCGUCAUCAACUAUGGUCUCUCGCUCUGUGAGGGUGUUAAUGUCCCCGUCACCGUGCCUACUUCUCCCCCGCCACUGGAACUGUUUCUAGCACUGCUGCCCCUACUCGGCCUUGCUGCUGGUGCCGAGCAGGGUUGCGCGUCUGACGACUACGCUUGCUUCUGUGCCAAGGAUGAUCUCGUCACUGGCUACCGUGACUGCGCCUACGCCGAGUGCCAGAGCCCCGAGGAAAUCACUCGUGUCAUCAACUACGGCCUGUCUCUCUGUCAAGGUGUCAACGUCCCUAUCACCGUGCCUACUUCCCCUGCCACCGGCACUGUUUCCAGCACCGCGCAGCCUACCCGGACUCGCACUCCUUGGCCCUCGUGUGUCUUCACUUGCGUCGACCAGGGCCUCGCUGCUGGCGCUGAACAAGGCUGUGCUUCAGACGAUUAUGCCUGCUUCUGUUCCAAGGAUGACUUGGUGACUGGCUACCGUGAUUGUGCCUAUGCCGAGUGCCAGAGCCCCGAAGAGAUCACCCGCGUCAUCAACUACGGUCUCUCCCUCUGUGAAGGCGUCAACGUUCCCGUCACCGUUCCCACUUCUCCUCCUACUGGAACCAUCUCUAGCACUGCGCAGCCGACCCGUACCAGGACGCCCUGGCCUUCUUGUGUCUUCACUUGUGUCGACCAGGGCCUUGCUGCUGGUGCUGAACAGGGCUGUGCCUCGGACGAUUACGCCUGCUUCUGCUCCAAGGAUGAUCUCGUCACCGGUUACCGCGACUGCGCUUAUGCUGAAUGUCAGUCACCUGAAGAAAUCACUCGCGUCAUCAACUACGGCUUGUCCCUUUGCGAGGGUGUGAAUGUGCCCGUCACCGUUCCCACUUCCUCCUACCGGAACUGUCUCGAGCACCGCGCAGCCUACCCGCACUCGCACCCCUGGCCGUCGUGCGUUUUCACCUGUGUUGAUCAGGGACUUGCCGCUGGUGCCGAGCAGGGUUGCGCGUCUGACGACUACGCCUGCUUCUGCUCCAAGGAUGAUCUUGUCACUGGAUAUCGCGAUUGCGCGUAUGCCGAGUGCCAGUCUCCUGAAGAGAUUACCCGUGUCAUUAACUAUGGUCUCUCGCUCUGUGAGGGCGUCAACGUUCCCGUCACCGUUCCCACCGCUCCUCCGACUGACGUGCCUACCGAUGACCCCACCGGCACCGGCCUUGCUGCCGGCGCUGAACAGGGCUGUGCCUCGGACGACUACGCCUGCUUCUGCUCCAAGGAUGAUCUUGUCACUGGAUAUCGCGAUUGCGCGUAUGCCGAGUGCCAAUCUCCUGAGGAAAUCACCCGCGUCAUCAACUAUGGUCUCUCGCUUUGUGAGGGUGUCAACGUUCCCGUUACUGUCCCUACCGCGCCUCCCACCGACGUCCCGACUGAUGAUCCCACCGGCACCGUGUCCAGCACCGCGCGACCCACCCGCACCCGCACCCCUUGGCCCUCUUGCGUGUUUACCUGCGUUGAUCAGGGUCUUGCCGCUGGCGCUGAGCAGGGUUGUGCCUCCGAUGACUACGCUUGCUUCUGCUCUAAGGAUGAUCUCGUCACUGGAUAUCGUGACUGCGCGUAUGCCGAAUGCCAGUCUCCUGAGGAAAUUACCCGUGUCAUCAACUACGGCUUGUCGCUUUGCGAGGGUGUCAACGUUCCCGUCACUGUUCCCACCGCUCCUCCGACUGACGUGCCUACCGAUGAUCCCACCGGUACCGUCUCUAGCACUGCCCGUCCCACCCGCACCCGCACCCCUUGGCCCUCUUGCGUGUUUACCUGCGUUGAUCAGGGUCUUGCCGCUGGCGCUGAGCAGGGUUGUGCCUCCGAUGACUAUGCUUGCUUCUGCUCCAAGGACGACCUUGUCAUCGGAUAUCGUGACUGUGCGUACUCCGAGUGUCAGUCGGCGGAUGAGAUCACCCGUGUCAUCAACUAUGGCUUGUCGCUUUGCGAGGGUGUCAAUGUUCCCGUCACUCACCGCACGCCCUACCCGCACCCGCACCCCUGGCCUUCUUGCGUAUUCACUUGCGUUGACCAAGGUCUCGCCGCUGGUGCCGAGCAGGGCUGCUCUUCUGAUGACUAUGCUUGCUUCUGCUCCAAGGAUGAUCUUGUUAUCGGAUACCGUGACUGCGCGUACUCGGAGUGCGAGUCGGCGGACGAGAUUACCCGCGUGAUCAACUACGGUCUGUCUCUCUGCGAGGGCGUUAAUGUGCCCGUCACCGUUCCCACCGCACCUCCCACCGAUGUCCCCACCGGCACUGUCUCCAGCACUGCGCGUCCCACCCGCACCCGCACCCCUGGCCCUCUUGCGUCUUCACCUGCGUUGACCAAGGCUGUCGACGUCACCAUCACCAUCCCCACUGUUCCUCCCACUGCUCAGCCCACUGGUGAGCCCACUGGUGAGCCUACUGGUGAACCCACCGGCGAGCCUACCGGUCAGCCUACCGGCCAGCCCACUGGCUCCACUACUAAGCCCACCGUGACUGGCGGUCCCAAGCCCACCGGCGGUGACGAUGACGACUGCCCUGAGGAGACCACCACUCCCAAGCCUGAGCCUACCGGCACUGGUGGCGAAGACUGCCCCGAGGAGAGCAGCACUACCAAGCCCAAGCCUACCAAGACGCCUUGCCAGUCCGGCAACUGCCCUGGAGGAAAUGAUGAUGACGACGAUGACGAGGAGCCCCAGACUCCUGCCAGUCUGGCAACUGCCCUGGCGGAAAUGAUGAUGACGAUGACGAUGAAGAGCCCCAGACCCCUUGCCAGUCUGGAAACUGCCCCGGCCAACUCCCUUGCCGCUGCCCCCGGCCUCAUCUUGGCCGCCGGUGCUGCCCUUGUCAUGCUCUUCUAA